CUUGAACAUUUUCACUCACUUCACUCAAAUCUCACUCAUCUCGAAACCAUCAAGACUGCUAAGCAUUGAAAAUGGGCCCUGUUCCCUCCCCCGAAGUCCGCGCCGCCAUCGCCGCAAAGCUCGACGCUCUGAUCCAGGCCGUCGAGACAAACCCCCAUUUCAGCCGCUCGUCGUCUAGCGGGGGUCUGUAUCAUGUCUGGGACUUUGCACAGCGCACAAAGUAUAUGCUUUCUGAGAUAGACGGCAUUCGACAGGAGGGAUACCAGUUUAAGCAUGCGGGGCAGAUCAAAAUCACCAAGCGAGGCGAAGAUGCUGCCAAGGAGCUCUACAUGGACACCUUUACUCGCUCCAUUACUCUGGACCAGCUCGUGAGUGGCCCGCCGUUGAUGCGCACUAUGAUGGGCAUGGCGGGAGAGAUUUCGCCCGAGAUCCAGGCUGCGGCGAAGGCGGUUGUGGAGGCUUUCCCAGCCUGAGAUUGAAAUUCAGAGGAGCGAGCAUGUCUUGACAGAUGGAGGGCGAUGAUGGGGAGAUUUGAUACGCUUUGAGAGCUGGUCGCAUGACUGGAAGCUGAAUCCUAGGUCAGAAGGGAUGAUGAUAUAGAUACCAUUUGUUUAUAGAAAAAGUUAUAUCACGCUUGCAGAUUUUGCUGG